UCUCUGAACAUCUCUUUCUUCCCUUGUUUAUCAUCCGAAUAAUUUAGAUUCUUCCUCCGGGUCAAAAACGUUGUGUGUUUGCUUUCUAGGUUCUUGAUUGAAAACGUAAUUUAAUCUGGGUCGAAUCCUAAUUUAUAGGCUCCUAAUCGUUAACUUUUCCCGGGAAAUUGGGGGGUUUUUUUUUCCCGGGAAAUCUUGUGUUUUAAUAUAUGGACUUCCGAGUGAUUUUCAAAAAUUUCCAAGAUCUUCCGUUUUCAAUCUCAACCUCACGUCUGUCUUAAUCGCGAUCUCCCUUUAUCCUCUUUUUUGCACAUUAGAUUUUUUUUUCCUUCUUUUCUUUUUGUGUGUGUGUGUUGCAGCUUUAUCGGUUUAAGAAAAGGACUUAGCAGUUGAAGUGGUGGUUGGGUUUUCGGUUUCGUCUCCACGAGAAAACUUUGGGUUUCUUGUUGAUCCACAAGAAAGCUUACUUCUUGUGAUUUCUUCGCCUAAUUUUUUUUGUUUUGUUUAAAAACGCGACAAAGCAAGGGAAAACAAAAACAAAAAAUCAAAGUCUCUAUUUUUGUUUCUCGAUUGAAAUCUUUUGUUGCUUACAAUGGAGGAACCAUCUGGAGUCAGUGCUGAGAAGAGACCCAUCGUUGACUUGGUCAAGGAUAAAAAUGGAACUAAUCAGAUUCUUCUUCAGAGUCCUAAAGGUGCUUCCGUUAAGAUCAGUUUACAUGGAGGACAAGUUCUUUCUUGGAAGACUGAGAAGGGUGAUGAAUUGUUAUUCACCAGCACCAAGGCCAACUCAAAGCCUCCCCAUCCGGUUCGAGGAGGAAUCCCUAUAUGCUUUCCUCAGUUUGGAACUCGAGGAUCGCUUGAGCAACACGGAUUUGCAAGAAAUAAGAUGUGGCUUGUGGAAAACAACCCACCAGCUUUACCUUCAUUUGACUCAACCGGCAAAGCAUAUGUUGAUUUGGUACUCAAGUCCUCUGAUGAAGACACUAGGAUCUGGCCUCACAGCUUUGAGUUUCACCUCAGAGUUUCAUUGGCAUUAGAUGGGAACCUAACGCUGAUCUCUCGAGUCAGAAACAUCAAUUCAAAGCCUUUCAGCUUUUCCAUUGCUUACCACACAUACUUCUCCAUUUCCGAUAUCAGUGAAGUAAGAGUUGAAGGACUGGAAACUCUUGACUAUCUUGAUAACUUGCACGAUAAAGAGCGGUUUACAGAGCAAGGCGAUGCAUUAACCUUUGAGUCCGAGAUCGAUAGAGUGUACCUAAACUCUAAAGACGUGGUUGCUGUUUUCGACCAUGAGAGAAAACGCACAUUUCUCAUCAAGAAAGAAGGUCUACCUGAUGUCGUGGUUUGGAAUCCAUGGGAUAAGAAAGCUAAAGCAUUGACGGAUUUGGGAGAUGAAGAGUACAAACAGAUGCUUUGUGUUGAUGGAGCAGCUAUAGAGAAACCCAUCACAUUGAAACCGGGUGAAGAAUGGACCGGGAAAUUGAUUCUAUCGCUUGUCCUUUCGACCUGAAAACCGGUACCGGUUAUCUCAAACUUAUUGAUUCUUCUCUCUCUCUUAUUAUUUGUAUCUUUUGGGUUUAUUUUUUUCCUGUAUAGUCUAUAGAACAUCACAGUGUGUGUGAUUCUUCGGUAUUAAAUCCGAAAUAUUAAAAACAAGCCUGGGAUUUGAAAAGGUCACCCGUUUUUAGGAAGUGACAAGAUCCUAGUUUUGUGCGAGAUUUAACUUGUGUAUGAAGAUAAUGUUACAUAUAUGAAGUUUGUAUUUAUCU